AUACCAAAUAGGGGUACUUGCGAGACUUCCCGAGAAGUAACAUGUCUGCGCCCAUGAGAGGUCAGAAUAGGGAAUGAACACUAUCUUUACAGAUCACUCACGACCUCAUUUGUAAGAUAAAGCCACUGUCAGUAGGAAAAAUAAAGAAAAUGAGUUUAAGUAAGGACAAAGGAGAACAGAAUCCCCUGGAAAAAGCACUUGCUGCGUACAUUGAGGCUUUACAGACUAAACCAGUUUUGACAAAAGCUGUAACGAGUGGCUGCAUCUCAGCAAUAGGAAGUCUUGUCUCUCAGUUGAUUGUUCCCAAUCCUGCAAAUGGUGGAAAAAUUGUAUGGAGAAGCGUAGCAGCAUAUGCAGCAUUUGGAUUUGUUGUGAGUGGUCCCCUGAUUCACAAGUUUUACAUCCUGUUGGACAAAAUGAUGCCACCAAAGAAGGAAAAGACAGCUCUGGAUGGUAUUAAGAGGGUCGUUGUAGACAGACUGGUCUUUGCUCCACCCUUUCUAUUACUGUUCUUGUAUGUAAUUACAAUUUUGGAGGGUCAGGGCCACCAGGCAGCCAUAGCCAGAAUUAGAGAAUCUUUCUUUCCAGUCUUGAAGCUAAACCUACAGGUGUGGACAGUGUUUCAGUAUGUGAAUGUCAACUAUGUACCACCCAAGUAUCGGGUUUUAUUUGGAAAUGCACUUGCCUUAAUCUGGUCAGUAUUUGUGGCAUCAAAGAGGAGGAAGAUGGCUUUAGCUAACAAGUAGUGGGUGCCUAAGGAGAAUGGCUACAUUCCUUCACCAUCUUUAGAAAUCAUUUAUGCUCAGUUUAUAAAUGUUAUAUUCUCAAACUAUAAAUGUUACAUCUUAUAUUUCAUACAUGUAUUGCAUUCAUUUUUUUGGGGUUAAAACUUUUGAAAAUGUUUGGUUUUUUACAUUAAAAUGAUCAAUUUGGUUAUGGAUUAUGUUAAUUUAGCAGAAUUGCACUGUACUUUGCAUUUGAUCUUUAGUGGAAAAUAGAUUGAUGUCUGUAAGACAUGCAUGCACAUGUAGUUGUUAAGAUGUGCAUGUGUCAUACUGUGUCUACACAUUUCUUUUAUAUAUUUUUUUUAAUUUUUUGUCAUGAUUGUUAACCUCAUUUGAUGUGGGCUCCUCCAGUGUUAAGGGGAGAAAAACAUUUCUAAUGAAGUAUUGAUUUAUUUUUACAGUUAUUUUUUCUUUUGUAAUUUUAUACAAUAUGUACUUACAUCUAUCCAUUUUUUUCUUGACUAUAAUAUAAGUGUAAUUUCAUGUUCACAGUUAUUGUGUGUCAGAUUUUACUAUUUGUGGGACUUUUUAAAAGUCGAUUUCUUUAGGGGAGAUUUUUUUUUGAGAGAGUGUUUCUGUUUAUAUUUAUUGCAUGUUACACUCGCUCUACAAUAAACCCUUUCUUCACAAUGUGUGUAUAUAUUCAAUGCUUGGGUGACACAAAUCAUGAUGUUGCACUAAGAGUAGUAAUCUUACUUUUGUACGGAAAACAUAGAAAACAAUUGAAAAUGUGGCUACAAUUAAUAUCAGUUAGCUGUAAUUAAUAACAGUAAUUGAUAUUUAAUGACAGUUAGCUACAAUUAAUAUCAGUUAGCUAUAAGUAAUAUUAGUUAGCUACAAUUAUUAUCAGUUAACUACAAUUAAUAUCAGUUAGCUAUAAUUGAUAACAGUUAACUAUAAGUAAUAUUAGUUAGCUACAAUUAAUAUCAGUUAGCUACAAUUAAUAUCAGUUAGCUAUAAGUAAUAUUAGUUAGCUAUGAUUAAUAUCAGUUAGCUAUAAGUAAUAUCAGCUACAAUUAAUAUCAGUUAGCUACAAUUAAGAUCAGUUAGCUACAAUUAAUAUCAGUUAGCUACAAUUAAUAUCAGUUAGCUAUAAGUAAUAACAGUUAGCUACAAUUAAUAUCAGUUAGCUACAAUUAAUAUCAGUUAGCUAUAAUUGAUAACGGUUAGCUAUAAGUAAUAUAUCUAUAAGGCAGACAAAUUGAAUAAUGCUAUCAAACAAUCAUGUAAUGUUUAUUCCUGUAUUUACAUGUGAUGUUUGAAAAGUAUCCUUGUAAAUUUGGCUUUCCUACAAUUUUCUUUGCUAAGAACAUCUACAAAUUGUCCAGGGUGGCAUUUUUUUUAACAUGAUUGGUCAGACUUGCAUUGUGAUGUUAAUGUGAUUGUUCAGCAGAGUGAUGCCAUGCUGACGUUAUCAUUCAGGUCUGUGGAUGUUCUGUCUGUGGAUGUUCUAGAAAGACAUCAUGAAUUAUAAAUGUAACUGACUAUUUUGUAAUCAGAAUAUGAGUAACCUAGUUCUGUUGAUUGUAUUAUAUAUACAGUUUGAUUUUCAAAUGAAUGAUUUACAGAAUUUUUUAACUUAAAAUGCUGUAACAGUACCAUAUAACUUAUAGUAGUUAAAAACCUAUUUAUUACAGUAUGGAAUUAUAAUAUUCAAUGUUCAAUUUUAUAUGAUGCAAAAAUUAUGAUAAUAAAUAUAUUAGAUAUA